AUGUCAGUUAGUGUAGCUCAAAGAUCUAGUUUACCUGAUCCUAUUCAUUCUUCAUUAUUAAAUAUAAUUCAUGAUGAUAAUGAUGCUCAACAAUUUCAACAGAUUAUACGUGAUCGAAGAGACGAACGCGAAGAUAUCCAGAAGAAAGCAUUUACCAAAUGGAUCAAUAAUCAAUUAGCAAAUUCAAAUUCAACUCCAAUUGUAACAGAUUUAUUUCAAGAUUUACGUGAUGGUCUUAUUCUACUUCGAUUACUUGAAAUUCUUACACAAAAUGAAUAUAAAAGAGAAAUUGGUAAAAUGCGUGUACAUCAUAUUGGUAAUGUUAAUAAAGUUAUAGCUGUACUUGGAGAAUACGGAAUCAAACUACUUAGUAUUUCAUCAAAUGAUAUUGUUGAUGGAAAUCCUAAACUUACACUUGCACUUAUAUGGUCAAUUAUACAAUAUUGGCAAGGUAAAGAUGUAUUAAAAUCAGUUGUAUCGAAUCCUCAACAAACAAAUGUUGAAAAAUUUCUUCUUGGUUGGUGUCAACAACAAACAAAAGGAUAUAAAGGUGUUGUAAUUAAAGAUUUUACAAGUAGUUGGCAAGAUGGUCUUGCUUUUAAUGCACUUAUACAUAAAUUUCGUCCGGAUUUAUUUGAUUAUGAAGAUAUUUUGCAAAAUGCUGCUGCAAGAAAUCUUGAACAUGCGUUUAAUAUUGCAAAAACUAUCUUUAAAAUUGAUCGAUAUCUCGAUGUCGAAGAUGUUCUCUCUGAAUAUCCGGACAAAAAGUCAAUAUUAAUGUAUGUUAUGUGUCUCUUUCAACAACUCCCAAUGAAUAUUACUGUUAUUGAGGACAAAGAAAAAAAUGGAAUAUCGACGACAAAGAUACCAAUGAAUACGAGAAAUAUUUCAAAAGAAACAAAGUCACCAUCUCCAUCUAAAACAUCACCAAAAUAUACAUCAGUAACAAAUUCAACAAUGACAACAGAAUCACGUACACCAUUACAAUCAUCACAAUUAACAACAUAUCAAACAAAUAUGGAACGACUUGUUCAAUGGAUUCUUAAAUUAGAAGAACAACUUGAUAAAGAAGAAAAAAUUUCAACAGUUGAUCUUAAAUAUGUUAAAGAACAAUUUCAAAAACAUGAAGAUUUUAUGAUAAGUUUAACAAAAGAUCAAAAUCAAAUAGGUCAAGUACUUGAAGAAGGUAAUCGUUUAUUAUCUUCACCAGAUAUUAAUCUACAAUCUCGAGAAGAAAAUGAAAUCAAAGAACAAAUGAAAAUUCUCAAUCGUCGAUGGGAAUCAUUACGUUCAAAAGCACUUGAUCGUCAAUCAUUACAAGCUCUUAGACACUUGAAACAAUUCCCUAAUUCUAGACUUCAUAAAAUGCUGAUGAAACUUCAAAUUGAUCAAAUUGAAUCAUUUGAUACAUGGCUUACACAAGCUGAACAAAGUAUAAAUAAACAAUUAGAAAAAAUGGAAGAAGAUUUAGUUAGUGUUGAUCGACAAUAUCGUCAUUUAGCUCAAUUACAAGAUGAACUUGUUGCUCAACAACAAAUAACUGAAUCUUUACAAAAUAUGGUUAUUGUUAUUGAUGAUACAACAAUAAAUGGUGUUGAUACACCAGCAUCGAAAUAUACAUCAGCAGAAAUUGAAGGUAAAUUAUUAAAUUUAAGUGAACGAUGGGCAAGUAUAUGUACAUUUGUACAAAAUCGUUGGAUACAAUUACAAGAAGUUAAAAUUGAACUUGAACAAGUUGAAUUAAAUCAAGAAAAAGUUAAUCGAUGGAUAACACGUAAAGAAGAUGAAGUAACAAAAAUGAUUGCAGAAACAAAUAUUAGUGAUACUGAUAUACUCAUGCAACAAGUUCAUUCAAUUAAGAAAACUGAAUUAGAAAUGGAUGAUAUUCGUCAAUCAAUUCUUGCAUUAGAUAAUAGUUUAAAAGUAUUAAGUACACAUUAUGAUAGUAAAACAUCCAAACAAUUACAAACCUUAAAUGAAACAAUAAAUACAUUUGAAAAACGUUGGAGACAAUUACUUGAUAAUCUGGAACAAUGUUCUGCACGUUUAAAAAAAUCUCCUUUAAAUUUUGAAACAAGUGUAAAAACAAAUAUUAGACCUAAUAGUGAUACUGUUGAAAAAACAAUUACAACUAUUGUAGAAGAAACAACAAUAAAAAAACGAAAAAUUGAUAUUGAAAAUUCUCUUAAACAUGAAUUUGAUUUAUCUGCUAGAAAAUUUCUUGAUUGGAUUGAUAGUAUUGAAAGAAUAUUAGCUGCUAAAGAAACAAAUAAUUUAAAAGCAAAUGAAAGAAAAGAGAUCGUCAGGGAAGUUAAAAACAAAUAUAUAUCAUAUGAUGAUCAAUUUAAAGCAUUACUUCAAACAGGCAAUACAAUAACAAAAGAAUUUAAAGAUGCAAAAGAAGAUUCAACUGAACAUGAAGCAUCUUUAAGAACACUUGAAAUCCGUUGGCAAUCACUUUAUAAUCAAAUAAUUCAAUGUGAACGAGAUGCUGAACAAUUUAUAAAUCAAACAGAAUUUGAUGAAGAAUUCCAAACACUUAUGAGAGAAAGAAAUGAAUAUCAAACAUGGAUUGAUGUUAAUCAAUCAACAAGUUCAACAGCAGAAAUGCAGGUUAGAUUAAAACGUUUUGAAUCGUUCAAUGACCGUCUUACUAAAUUACAACACAUGGCUGACCGUAUCGAUACAAAUAGUGUUCAACGAACAAAGCAAUUGCUACGUUUAUGGGACCAGACAAGUUCACGACUACGUGAGGGCACUAAUCGCGAUAAACGUAUGCCGCAACCAUCCGGAAGUACCAAUUUUGGUAUGAUGUCACCUCGUCAUGGAGGUGCAUCAGCUGUACCACUAAGUCCAACUCGAACAGGAACAAACGAACCGCCAUUAUCAUCUCCUAAUACUGGUACUGCUCCUAUGGGUUCAAAUGUUGGUUCAUCAACUAAUGAAAAUGGAAAUCUAUUUACUUUAACAAAUAUUUAUACAUUUGGUGAUAAUGGACAUUCGAAUAUAAAUCCAUCAGCAGAUAACUAUCGUAUAAAAUCAUUUGUUGAAGUAUUUGAUCAACCAUCAACUCAACAAGAAACUGAAUAUGAACGACAUUAUCGUGAAACACAUUCAUCAUCAUCUAUAACACGAAAAAUACAUACGAAUUCUAGUGAUACAUAUGAUUACGAUUCAUCACGUUUUCAUCAUCAUUUCGACUCAACAAAUCCAUUAUCAACAAAACAUAUAACAGGUAGUUAA